AUGAGUAUUGUCAUGGCAGUGGCCUUGGCUUUCAGACAAAUGCGAUUCUGUUCAUCUCAAUGUCCCUGCUCCAAUGCAUGUUCGCUACCUGCGCCAAAUGCCGAGCUGUGUAUCAAACAGGAACUGGAUAUUUUGACCCAACUCCGACAUGAAAACAUCGUCAAAUUCCUUGGCUACUGCGAUGAUCAAGAGGAAGGUGCAAUUGUGUUCGAGUACGUUCCGAAUGAAAAUUUGCAAGAGAAACUCCAUGGAAACGAAAGGAAAUUGCUUCCAUGGAAGACUCGAUUGAGCAUAGCUUUUCAGCUUGCUGAAGCAAUCGAGUUUUUGCACGACAAAUGCAGUCUCCAGAUUGUUCAUGGCGAUAUUAAAGCUUCGAAUAUCUUGUUAGAUGAGUGUUUCAACUACAAACUCUGCGAUUUUGGGUCGGCGAAGAUGGGAUUUUCGUCGAUGGUGGUGCCACCAAGGACGAAGCAGAUAAUGGUAGGCUCACCGGGGUACACUGACCCUCAUUAUUUGAGGACGGGUAUUGCUUGCAAGAAGAACGAUGUUUAUAGUUUGGGUGUUGUUAUUUUGGAGCUUGUGACCGGAAUGGAAGCCUUCUGUCCCAAAAGGGGACAAUUGUUGACUACGAUGGUGUCGCCAAAGUUGAGAGAGAUUGCUGAUGGUGGUGUUGGGGUGGCUGGAAUGGUGGAUCUGAGGCUGGGCGGUGAGUUUGACUGGGAAGAGGCUAAAGUCAUGCUUACAAUUGCUGGACUUUGUCUUCAACAGUCGCCUACUGAUAGGCCUUCUGCUGCAGAAAUCAUGCAGACGAUGAAGGGUAAGAUCAAUUCCAUUGAUUCACGGUUGUCGCUGCCGUCACCAGCCAAAGGCCGUCAUUGAUUUAUUCCAUGGUGAUGAUCGUAUUGAAAUCAGUUUAGUGCCCCUUAGAUUAGAUGUGAAUUUAACACAUGUAAUGCGAAAUAUCAAAUCUUUAGAACAAACGAUUUUUACUGCAAAUUCAACAGAUGAACUGGAUUUUGAAUGAUUGUAAGUAUAGUUUCCAGAAACGAUACGAAAUACAAGUUGAACAUUAUGAAUACUCGAAUUCGGAUAACUCGACAGUUCAAACUCAAACUGAAUUUGUGAUUUUUUUCCUAGUCGAA